AUGACGUCGCAUCCUUCUGUCUGCCAGCGUUGCUGGAAUAGCCUAUUUUUGAGAAACGGUUUCCAAGCUGCCUGGAAGGCUCAGUUUCAACCUCACGUGUCAGGCUUCUCCUACAAAGUGAGCCUGGGAGAAAUCGCCAUCUCUGCCAAACAGGGCUGCAAAUGGUGCCAAUUUCUCAACGAGCAGAUUCCAGCUCAGGUUGGGACAGACGGUCCCCUUCAUGCCGAGGCAGAGUAUACAAUCGCUGUGAGAUUCCGCAUGAGGUCGGGGCAAGAACAACGUACCCUUCUGGCCCUCUCGUUGAAUGACAUCUGGAGUCAAACCUUUGAGGUACAUACAGUGGAUGGUAAUCCUGCUGCGGAGUUCAUCCCCACACGCGAGGUCAUUUGGCAGGUCAACUCCCCAGCUACAUAUGCUCAUGCUGCUGAGCUUAUCAGCGAGUGCACGACUGGGGGACAUGACCAGUGUCAUCAUCGAGAGACCCUUUAUCUGCCGACUCGAGUAGUCGAUUGUUUGGAUCCGGAGCAUCCAAAACUUCAUAUCACUCAAGGGGGAGUGCCAGGGAAAUACACAGCUCUGAGUUACCGCUGGGGAGAGGCCCAGCCACAUCGAAUGCAAACCCACAAUCUCCAGUCAUAUUGUCAAGAGAUCCCAGUCCAUUCACUCCCUCAAACAAUCCAAGAUGCGAUCCAUUGCACUCAACAACUCGGGAUCAGUUUUCUAUGGGUCGACAGCCUGUGCAUCAUCCAAGACUCUAAGGAGGAUAAAAGUCGCGAGAUCCCACAAAUCCGCAAAACCUUCCAAAACGCAUUCGUGACUAUCGUCGCGGCCAGUGCAUCUCAAGUCAGCCAAGGCUUCUUGCAAGACCGUGAACCCCCACCCAAAGCAGUUUCGCUACCUUUCCGCUGCGACGACAACCGCAUCGGCAGUAUGUGGAUCAGGGAGGGCACGAUUGAUCCCCGCGAGCCAAUAGAUACCAGAGCGUGGUGUUACGAGGAGAAGCUUCUUACCCAGCGUGCUUUGAUCUUCACAAGUCGAACCGUGCGGUUUCAAUGUCAAUCGCACUACCUUAACAUCGGAAACUCCAACAUUGCAGCAUGGAAUGCAGACACGCGCCUUCCGAGCACAAUGAUGGAGCCAGAAGAAGGGGACUGGGCUCCGCUAACGUACGAAGAGAGUUCCGCUCUUGCGAUUGAAAAUACAUGGGCCUCGGUACUCGCAGAAUACACGGCGCGCGAUAUCACACAGUUUCGCGAUCGUCUCAUCGCAUUCUACGGCAUCGCAGAAACUUUUCAUCGCACUUGGACUCAUAGCCAGUACCUCGCUGGAUUAUGGAAACAUAACCUCCUGGAAGACCUCCUCUGGGAAGCUGAUCCGCCGCUACAUCCCCGACCCGAGAACUACCGCGCCCCGUCUUGGUCCUGGGCUGCAGUAAAUGGCAAGGUGCUGCGUGCGAAUACUAUGCACUUCUGGAGAGAAGAUGUACCGGAAUGUGAGAUUAUCGAUUGUCAAAUCACCUUGGCAAAUGAGAAGAUGCCGUACGGUGAGGUUACAGACGGACGGUUGCAACUGAACGCCUCGAUGAAGAGUAUUAUUUGGCACCCCUCACAGGGGAAGUUCUAUGCUACCAGCCAGAGGGAUUCAGACAAGUCGGAGGAAUUACAUCCGGGCACAUUACUGGGUAAAUGCUAUCCAGAUAGUUUGCAAGAAAUUGAGUCGGAAGGAAUGCAGCAGGCUUAUGCUAUUCCGCUGCGGUCUUCCCGGAAGACAUACCAUGUUAUCCAAGGCUUAAUAGUUGUGCCAUGUCAAGGGGAUCAUGAAAGCCAGUGCUUCCGCCGGGUGGGCAGGUUCGAUGUCCCGUUGUUGAAGCUCUGGGGUGACUUUGAUCCUGAUACAUUGUUUGGAUCUACCCGGCAGCGUGUUGUUAUCGUCUGA